UUCUAAAGACUCGUUUCCGUUUCCGGUUUCCACACUUGACAUAUGUGCGGUUGCUGUAGUAAUAAUUGUCACUUUAACAUUGUCACUGUCAUGAUGUGGGUAACUAAAAUAAGUAACUAAAUUAACAUUUAUUGAUACAAUUGUGGUCACCAAACACCUUACCUGGUGAGUGCUGCAGCGCACUUUAUUCACUCAAGCUAGCUUGCUAGGUUAUAACCUUCUUGAGUAGUUAGCGCAGCCAGCGCUCGUGUGACCAUGUCAGGACUAUAUCGAGCCCUUACAACAUCCACCUCCACUAUCAUAAAGACUGUAACACAGGCAACACCGUGUCCAUUAUAUACAGCAUGUCGCACUAGAUUCACCAGGAGCCGCAUCCCUCCACAAGUGUUUGAGGAACGAGCAAAGGAACAUGAAAACUAUGGUGGAGAUCCAGAACAUCCACAUAAAUUGCAUAUAGUGACGCGAGUUAAAAGCACAAUGAGACGACCCUAUUGGGAAAAGAAGGUUGUAAAGAGUUUGGGGCUCAUGAAGGCGCAUGAACCCCGUGUCCACAAGAACACCACUUCAGUUAACAAUCAACUAAAAAUUAUCAAGCAUCUUGUUAAGAUUCAACCCCUUAAACUGCCUUAUGGACUACCUGCUGAAGAGGAUUUGGCAAACACUUAUCUUAAUAGCAAAGGAGAGCUGGUUGUACAACGUCUUCUUAAACCACUUGACCAAAAAGCCAUUGAAUCAUAGAAUUUUGGCCUGUUGUUGUUGUAAAUGUUUUAUUGUCCUAUUGGUUUGUUUAAUAAAGAUUUAAAUUAC